AUGCACCAAACGAAGCCGGGGAAUUGCUUGGAAUGGCUUCCGUGGAAGUCUUUGGUUUCUGAAGAAAAUUGGAACCGAGCUCAGGAGGCCAAGGUCUCCAAGACCUUCAAGCCUGGCUCAGCUUUGCUUGCUUCAGCGUUAGUGGAAGAUGUCCCUGAACUCGAUGAUAUCCAAGGCAACCCCUUCUUUUUGUCUCGGGUUUUGGAAGUGCGCCGCAAUGCUUACGUGCUUGUAGGUAUUGCGCACCUAGGCGCAUGGAAAGAAAUUGAUUCCAAGGUCAUGGACCAUUAUACAAAGACAUACUCUGAAUCGAGUGGCCUGCGACCACCCAGCCUGCAGGAGUUUUUGCAAUGUGACCGGAAACUUUGGGAAACGAUUUUUCAUUUAGUCAAUGCUGAGCAAUGGGAGCUCAACCAAGCGCUCCUUGAAGUGAGCCGAGUCCGCUCCGACAUCCCAACCUUGUUCAUGCCUCGGCCACGUGCCCUCUCAAUUUCCAAGGGUGGCAAAUCCAAGGGGAAGCUGGCCUGGCGGCCGAACCCCUAUGACAAACCAGCUGGUAAGGGCAAAACGAAGGGCAAAGGCGGAAAAGCUGACUCUGCGAAAGCACCUGCUUGGCCUGACCACUGGGCUAAGACUUUGAUUACCCCUGACGGUGCUUCGCAAGAAGCAGUCCUUGCAAUUUGCCCCACAAAGCUUCAGAGCAUCCAGUCAUGCACGCUUGACCCGGGCGUGUACCUGACGAGCCAGCUGCAGACCCAGUGUCUGAUAGUGAGUCUGCUUCGUCAGGCGCUUCGUUUCACGAACACCAUCACAACAGCGGUGGCAUCCCUCCGAUGUCAGUGUCUACAACCGUUGGACACCUCUUUAGGAGACAGAACUCGUGACCUCCUGGACAGCGAUACUUUUCAUGCUUUGACAAAGCUGGUAACAUCAGGUUUGCUCGCUUUCAUGUGGGUUGCACCUCCAUGCCUUCCAGAUCAAGAGAGUUUCAGCAUUUUGCAAGGAACUUUAUCCCUGAUGGAAUUGGCAUUUCUUAACGGAGCGCAUGUGGUAUUUGCACAGCCGUCCAAUGCAAUAUCGUGGCAACAGCCGUUGCUCCACGAAUGGCUCCACCGAAUCCCGCACCACAUGAUUUCAGUUGCACAGUGUCAAUACGUGCCGCUGGGCCAAGCUACUGUUCAAUCAUGGCAAGUUGCCACGACCUGUUCUUUGCUCCUUGAAACGCAAUCCCAAUGCCUUCAUCAUGAGAUGCACCCACCGAUACAAGUUCAGCGGCACCCCCGUUCAGGAUCCGUUAGUUUUCCUGAACAUCUAUGUUUGGAAAUCGCCUUGGCCUUGCGGCCUUUGUUUGCUCAACAUGAAGAGGGACCAGUGCUUACGCCAUGGGGCGUGGCCAUGCAAGAACUUCCGCUGCGCCUCCCGUCCAAAGCAAGCGACGAAAAUUUUAUGGUGGCUGAUGGUGGGGGUGUCGAUAGCACAGGCGAUUGGACAGUUCCACAUGCUCCAGACUACUUGGCUGACCUGCGGCGGGCAUGGCUUUUAUAUGGUCUCCGCAACAAGAUUUUACCAAGAAUUUCAAUUUCCAGGCCAACCAAUUUUGAAACCUUGCUUUCGGCAGAAGAAGUAGCUGACCUUUCUUCGAUUUUUCAACGUUUUGCUCACGAUUUCAACAUUGACCCAAGCACGGAGGUUGCCCAGGAUCAACCCUUUCGAUUGGAGUUCUUCUCUGCAUUUAAUCAGAUCACUAGGGACGUUGAUGCAGUGCUCCCUUCCUUGCUGCGGGAUGGGGUGUCUACUGGCGUCCAGGCUAGCAUUCCACCAAGCCAGGUUUGGAUCCAACAUGUACCAUCAGUGGAUUUGGCUUCACAGCUGGUGUCUCAUUUUGACAAUUGGGGGUCCGCUACAGAUCACCCCGACAUAGUGGCGCAACUUAUUCAACAGGAGCUGGACGACCAAUUCGUGGAAUGCUUGGGCUUCACCACUGACCUGGACCCGGAAAUGCGACAAAAACUUGUGUUUGGAAAGCUAGGCGUCGCUUUUAGCGACAAUCGCAAGCCCCGUCUGGUUUUAGACAUCACCAUCAGCGGGGUAAACCCCCGCACUAGCAUCCAAGAGAAGGUUUUCUACCCAACUGUGGCUGAUGUCCGUGAGACCUUUAGCGCGCAGCCGGAACGGCAACAAUAUCUGGGUUUCCUGGUGGACAUUCGAGCUGCCCACAAAUGCAUCAAAGUGAAGCCCAGUGAAAGAGGACUUGCGGCCUUCACCUGGCAAGGCAAAGCAUACCGGUACAAGACCUGCCAUUUCGGCGCCACAUAUUCUGCAUACUGGUGGAGCCGUGCUUCUGCCAUGAUUCAAAGACACAUCCAUAUUCUCCUGUUAGAAGUUUGUUUGCCCACAAGGAGUGGUAGUGGAAGAGAGAUCGAAUUCUCCCGCAUUUGUGCCAAAAUAAUUGCGGAGAUGGCAGCUGAGACUGCGGCUGUGGCCGUCGCACAGACUGGAGAGACUCAGAAUACUGAGGUAGCACUGACUGAUGCUACUCCUGACACUGAAGCCUACAAUACUGUGAUUGAGAUGCUGAAGCUGCUGAAGAGUCGGGAACUGGAACUUAGUGUUACUCAGCUGGGACUGUUGGAAAGUGUGACUCGCCAGAUGCUGGAUCGUAACUCAGCACUGGAAAAGAAGUGCACUCACCAACUGCUCAACCACACUGAGCUGUCCCGCACUACAGUGGACCCACUGUACUUGUGUCGUACUACUCGGCCCACUGCGACUACCAAGUGCAACUCCUUUGGACUUGGACUGUUGGUCGCACAGAAGACUGGCUAUGAAUCCACUGAUGAUGUGUGGACUGGCGUACUCUCACCCAACUCGGUGUUCCCGGGUUUGAGUACUGCCCACUAUGCCUACUCAGAGGCAGAACUGCGACUGUACUCGCAGCCACUGCAACGGGUGACUACUGAGUACACUCACCUGACUGACAGGCAGGUGGACUACCCUGUCUUCCUGUCACUUCCACUCACACUGUCAGAUUUGGCACUGGCAACUGGGGAAAUCCCAACUGAGUGGUUUGAUCGUUCACUGUGCAACUUGUGGACUGAUCUUCGAAGCGCUUUGCUGUACUCAGCACUGCAGCUGUGGAAAGGUCAGGAGAACUUCCAGAAGUAUUCCACUGAGCCACUGAGAGUCGCUGCUGUUUGGCUCGAACGCACUAAGGUUGCUGGACUGAAGCAAUUCAACCGAGGAUACUUCAGCCACUCCUAUGUGAAUGCAACUGGUGCUGUGAACUUCGAAUUGACUGACUUAGAGACUGAGUCAAGUCAGGCCUUCCAGACUGCCUAUACCCUGGCGGACUUUGCUGACUCACUCUCCAAGGAACUGAAUGGCGCUCGCUAUUGCAAUGCUCAUCGUCGUUUUCUCUUUGGGCACUUGCCACUGACUCAGUUCCAAAUGGAAAAGCCUGGACUUGCCAGCACUCCAGCUGAACUGAAGAAGUUCACUUGGGACUACAACUAUGGCUCUGGAACUGCGGCCUUGCCAAUCACUGAGACUGGUACUGAUCUCAAGGUUGACAUCCAUAUCAGCGGACUUGGACUGUCAUCAACUGACACUGUGAUCACUGUGAAGAAGGCCGACUGA